AUUCCUUUGCGACGACGACAGCAGCAGCAUGGCCAAGGCCCGGAAGCUCAACCCGUGGGCAGAGCAGAUGAUCGCGGCCUUCCAGCUGCCGGCGCUCAAGGACGACGAGUACUUUGUGCAGUGGGAGACAGGCCGGCUCGGCGUCAACAUCAUGGAGGACAAGGAGUCGGAGCUGCCGAUCGUCUGGACGAUCAUUGAUCCGUCGAGCCCACUCGCGGCCGCCAUGGAGGUCGGCGACUACCUCCUCUGCGUCAACGAGCUCCGCGCCGAAGACAAUACGUUCCACAACUUUCUCCAGCUCCUGACAACCAAGCAAAAGCCCGUAUUGCUCCGCUUUCGCCGGGCGCGGUCACGCGACGAGACACAGCCCGAGCCGCCCUUGCCACGGUCCAAGUCGUUCAAGAGCGAGACCAAGGCCAAUGGUGAAAAGCCGGGCUUGAAGCUAAGCUUGAGCAGCGACAGUCUCUUCCGCAACCGCGCGCCGUCGCGCUCGUCGCGCAAGCUCGACACCCCGACAGUACGGAUCGAGAGCCCCGAGGAGCCCAAGCCCAUCUCGCCGCGCGACCUCCUCGCGAUGGACCCGUACCGCAAGUAUCGAUACGAGUUUGAGUGGGUCGACGGCGCGCUCGGCCUGUACUUUGGCGAGGAAGAGAGCCUCAAUAUGCCCGUGAUCACUCGCACUUUGCCGCAUGCGAGCCCCGAGCUGCUCGCCAACGUCGCGCCCAACGACAUCCUCGUCUCGGCCAACGGCCUCUCGUCCUACGACGUGUCGUUUGCCGACUUUUUCACACAGCUUCAGCACUGGCCCAAGCCGAUCCACCUCGUGUUCCAGACGGCGCGCCCGCCGAGCCCAUCGACACCGAAGGGCGCGCCGCCGUCGAGCCCGCCCCACGACUCGAUCAACCGCGUGCCCAGCCCGCCGCCGGAUCAAGUCCGAGAGUCGGUGCGAGAGUCGACCAAGUUGAAGAUUAUGUCGUUCGGGUCCAAGCCCAAGGCGACGACCGUGUCGCCAAGUUUAUCGACGACAACACCGACACCGCCAGGACGCGAGAAGGCAGCGCCCAAGCCCAUCGUGACGACACCGCCCCGAGACACAACAAACUCGCCAACCGUAGUGACGUCGCCCAAGGCACCGGCACCGUCACCGGUGAGGGUCGCUGCCAAAGUCAAGGCGGUCGCGCCACCUAAAGCGCCGUCGCCACAGUCGAGCGAGCCGUCGCCACAGACCACGCCGACACGCACGCCGUCACCGCAGACAAAGGCCUCAUUGUCGCCACCGAUGGCAGUCGCGCGAUCGAUGUCGCCACCGGCGCCCGUCACGUCGCCACCGACGCCCGUCACGUCGCCACCGCCUACACUGUCGCCGACGCAGAGAGCGCCCGAUGCCAAACCCAAGAAGCCUGUCUUUGAAGACAGCGACUCGGACGACGAAGGUGACCGCAAGGAAUUUGGGUCCGAGUACUUGGACGACGACUUGCCGCCUGCGGUGGCCGACCCGCCGCCGGUCGUUGUCGUGGCCCAGCAUGACGCGUUGUUCGCGUCCACGAGUCGUGACGACGACAGUGCGUCCGAGGUCGACUCAGACAUGGACUUGGACCUCGAAGAAGAGGAAGAAGAGGGACCGAUCGAGAACGAGCCAAUGCCGAAUCUCGACUACCCGGUGCGGAAGGAGCGGUCGUCCGAGGUCGCGACCGACGAUGGCCCGCGCGUCUCAACUGUGCCAAAGCCGUUGCCGUCCCGCGGCGGUGGCGGGGAGCGGUCGGGGAAAGCACGCGGCCGCGGCAAGAACAAGCGCAGCAGCGCCAAUGGCGCCGCCAAGCUGGCCAAGAUCACAGAGAACGACGAACAGACGAUCCCGCUCCUCGAACCCAACUCGGUCAACAUGAAGCUCAACGUGCGCGGGAAGCUCAAGAGCCAGCGCGUGAGCAAGAUGGACACGCCUGACAGCUCGCUGUACCUGUUGAAGUGGAAAGAAAAUCGCAGCAUUGGCCUGCAACUGCGCGAGUGCCGGCUCAGUAAAGGCGUGUACCCGAUGGUCGUCCUCGUCUGCCGAGAGCCGUGCUGCGAGUCGCUCCGGCACGUGAGCGUCGGCGACGUCCUUCUCGAGAUCAACGGCCGCGACACGGCCAUGAUGGGCGUCAAGAAAACCAUUAGCUUUGUCAAAACGUGCUCGAAAACCGCGCUCCUCAAGCUCAAGCGCGGUCCCGGCUUCUCCGUGCAGCGAGUCAGCGCCACGUUCUAAGUACGACGACGUAGAUUAAUAUUGAAGGCAGCGGUCCAUUAGAGUGUACAUA